AUGAGCUCUCCUCUUCGAAGCAAUCCCGCUUCUGCGAACCGUGGACUUGCUCCUCGAGCAAGCCGAAAACGCUCUCGCGGCGGCGAUGAUGCCACCUCUUCAGUUGCAGCUGCCUCAAGCCCUAUGGCCUCAUCCCCACCAGCCUUCAACAUUGCACAUGGAGGCGACGAUGAUGAGGAUAUCGAAGAGGACGUCGAGAUCCAGGAUGAUCUCGAUGAUCUCGAUGAAAUGGCAGAGGACGACGUCGAUCUCUUUCGCGAGGGCUUCGAGCGAGAUUACAGAGAAAAGGACGCCAACGACACAUACGAGGGCUUGGACCUCGAUGACGAGGGCGAUUAUGAUGCCAUGGAUCUUGGUGAUAGGCGUGUUCUCGAAUCUCAGUUGAAUCGCAGAGAUCGAGAGGUCGCCCGUAGACAGCGUAUGCCCAGAGUUUUCCUCCCCGGCGAGGACGAAGAUGGAGAUAUUGACCAGCUGACGACUCAACCUCGUCGUCGACGACACCACUACGAUGAGGAUCCCGAUGAGGACAUGGAUGCCGACAUUAUGGCCGAAGAGCUCUCCCUAGAGGCACUUCAGGACGUCAAAUCAUCCAGUCUGACCGAUUGGGUUUCUCAGCAAGCUGUUCAGCGAACCAUCAAGCGCGAGUUCAAGGCUUUCCUCACAGAGUACAUUGACGACAGCGGCUCAUCAGUGUACGGAAACCGCAUUAGAACUCUUGGUGAGAUCAAUGCAGAGUCCCUAGAGGUGUCCUACGACCAUCUGUCAUCCUCAAAAGCUAUUCUUGCCUACUUCCUUGCAAAUGCCCCGGCGGAGAUGCUGAAGCUUUUCGAUGAAGUGGCCAUGGAUGUCGUGCUCCUCCAUUACCCCGACUAUGAACGUAUUCACUCUGAGAUUCACGUCCGCAUUUUCGACUUGCCCGUUCAUUACACCCUACGACAGCUCCGUCAAUCCCACCUCAACUGCCUUGUCCGAGUCAGUGGUGUUGUCACCCGACGUUCGGGUGUGUUCCCUCAGCUGAAAUACGUCAAAUUUGAUUGCACCAAGUGCGGUGUCACACUGGGUCCUUUCCAGCAGGAGUCGAAUGUCGAAGUCAAGAUGACAUACUGCCAAAAUUGCCAGUCUCGGGGUCCCUUCACUCUGAACUCUGAGAAGACCGUGUACCGAAAUUACCAGAAGCUCACACUCCAGGAAUCUCCUGGUACUGUGCCAGCUGGUCGUCUUCCUCGUCACAGAGAAGUCAUUCUUCUCUGGGAUUUGAUUGACAAGGCCAAGCCGGGUGAGGAGAUUGAGGUCACUGGCAUUUACAGGAAUAAUUACGAUGCCCAACUUAACAAUCGCAAUGGUUUCCCUGUCUUCGCUACCAUUCUUGAGGCGAACAAUGUCGUCAAGGCGCACGAUCAAUUGGCAGGCUUUAGGCUCACGGAAGAGGAUGAGCAGAAAAUCCGCAAGCUUUCUCGUGACCCACAGAUCGUCGACAAAAUCAUCAGCUCUAUUGCACCCAGCAUCUACGGCCACACAGACAUCAAGACUGCAGUGGCGUUGUCACUCUUUGGUGGUGUCGCCAAAAAUACCAAGGGUGCCCAUCACGUUCGUGGAGACAUCAACGUCCUUCUCCUCGGUGACCCCGGAACCGCAAAGUCCCAAGUCCUCAAGUAUGUCGAGAAGACUGCUCACCGUGCUGUCUUCGCGACUGGUCAAGGUGCCAGUGCCGUUGGUCUGACGGCUAGUGUCCGUCGAGACCCCUUGACGAGCGAGUGGACUCUUGAGGGUGGUGCGCUCGUCCUCGCAGACAAGGGUACCUGCCUGAUUGAUGAGUUCGACAAGAUGAACGACCAAGACCGAACAUCCAUCCACGAAGCUAUGGAGCAGCAGACAAUCUCUAUUUCCAAGGCUGGUAUUGUCACAACUCUACAGGCUCGCUGUGGUAUUAUUGCUGCAGCCAAUCCUAUCGGAGGACGAUAUAACUCAACCAUCCCGUUCUCGGCCAACGUUCAGUUGACGGAGCCUAUCCUGUCUCGUUUCGACAUCCUGUGCGUUGUGCGGGACACCGUCGACCCAUCUGAGGACGAGCGUCUUGCUCGCUUUAUUGUUGGGUCACACAGCCGCAGUCACCCGUCGAGUAACAGUCAGCCGGGAGAGGAGUCGAUGGAAGUCGAGCCUGAUUCCGAGCGAGCUGAGACCCAGGCAACAGAAGCCAGCACGUCUCGCACCAAGGAGGGCGAAGUACCACAAGAGCUUCUCCGCAAGUACAUACUCUAUGCCCGCGAGCGCUGCUCGCCCAAGCUGUACCAUAUGGAUGAGGACAAGGUUGCCCGCCUCUUUGCCGACAUGCGAAGAGAGAGUUUGGCUACCGGUGCUUAUCCCAUUACCGUACGUCAUCUGGAAGCCAUUAUUCGUAUCAGCGAAGCCUUCUGCCGCAUGCGUCUCUCCGAGUACUGCACGGCACAAGAUAUUGACCGUGCCAUUGCUGUAACGGUUGAUAGCUUUGUUGGCAGCCAGAAGGUCAGCUGCAAGAAGGCACUCGCCCGUGCAUUUGCCAAGUAUACGCUGGCCCGGCCAGGUGCUGGACAACGGAAGACUGGCGCGGCCGGCCGAGGUGGACGUGCGGCGGCUGUGAUGGCAUGA